AUGGCCACCAGUGGAGGUCGGCUGCAGCGUGACCUGCUGCCGUUACCGUGCCCUACCAUCGUGGAGUCCGGCGUCGCGCGCGACGGCGAGGACUUCGGCGAUGUGAAUUGGGGGGCGCUCCACUGCCGGCUGGUUGUUAUUGUGCUGGCGCUCAACUGGGAGGCGGGCUUCCUCUCGCCUAAGUUUGCGCGCUGCUGCCGUGGCUGUGCCAACGCGGCCCAGCGGGCUGCCCUGGCUGGCUUGGCGCGGCGGCUCGUCCUGGCCACGAGGAUUGAGACCAGCCUGCCCAAUGAUCUGAACUGGGAGGACCGCCUGCAGGAUAGGAAGAUCGGUCACGGAGGGUCUGAGAUCACGACGCCCCACAAGCCCGCGCUGGAGCAGGUGCUUGACGGGUUGCCGCCGCCGGGAGUCGCCGCUUCGAUCGAGGCCGCCGACGUCGCGACGGGCUUCGUCCGCGACUCCCUGCUCGGCCCGUCGCUGGCGCUGAUGCCGCCUGGGCUGCGCCGCGCGGCCCGCGGCGCUCCUGUCAAGUGCAGUGAUGGGGAGCUGCGGCCCGUGCUUAGGCUCAUCGCGAAUCUGAUCCCGUCGAACGCGUGUCAGGAGUGCAUCGCGGGGGGCGCGCCCGAGAUGCCGUCGAUGAGGCAGGCCAGCGAUCUAGUGCUCGCGGGGUCCGAGGACCUGCUGUGGAGCGGCGUCGACAGGAAUACCUUCUCCUAUGUCUUCCGCGCGCCGCCGCCGCGGCGGCCGCUCACGGUGAUCGGCCCCCCCGUCCCCUCGCGGCUGCUGGGCCUCAAGGAUGGUGGCGCUACUCGCAUCUGCCUGUGCGUGAUCGGGGUGGGUUGGGUCAGCGCGGCGGGGGUCACGACUCACUUUCACCGCAAUAUGCUGCGCCAGAGCAGUUCGGUGCCGCGCGGGAUUAGCCCUGGCUGCGAGAUCGCGCGACGGCGCCGAUUGCCGCUGGGCGUUGAGAAGCCGUGCCCACCUGCCUGGAUGGCCUACAUUGACAAUCUGGAGAUCGCGGAGCUCGUCGACAAAGCCAAAGCGGAGAAGCUGCUCGGGACGGUGCCGGCGCUGCUGUCUGACGCGCGGGCUUGCUAUGAAGCGGCUGGCUCGCCUGGGUCGCUGGUCAAGGACCUUGGCCGCGUGGUGCGGGCCACGACCUUGGGCGAGCUAGUUGAUGGAGUUGAAGGGGUGCGCCUUCCUCCUGCAGGAUAUUUCGCCGAGAUGGCCAGCCUGACGUUGUGGGCCCUUUGCAGGAAGCGGGCUAGCAUGCGGUUGAUUCGCGCCCUCCUUGGCCGAUGGGUGCGAGUGCACUGCUUUCGCCGCCCGCUGGCUGCGAGAUUCGCCCGCGCCUGGCUUUGGCUCGGCGACCCGCGCUGCGGAGGCCGCUUCGGCGUCAACAUCGUCGAGGACUUGCUGAUGUGCCUCGCUCUGUCGGGCCUUUGCGUGGCUGACAUGCGGCUCGAGGUCGACCACCUGGUGACGGCGUCGGGCGCUUCGGAGGCUGCAGGCGCCGUGGUCUACAGCGCGGCCCUCACUGGCCGCGGCCGCGCGCUGGCUGUGAGGCGCCAGCGGCCUGCCAACGCCGCUGCCGAGGAGGAGGCCGCCUUGAUCACCGUCUUCGACGGGGUCGGCGGUGGUCGCAGGGCCUUCGAGAUCCUCGGGUUGGUCCCCGCGGUUCAUCUGUCGUUCGAGGCGGGCGCGCCCUCUUUGGCGGGCCUGUUGCGGGCGCGGGGCCGCAUCGCGCGCGCGUUGGUCAUCGGCGGUUUCCCCUGCCAGGUGUGCGCGAGCCUCAACGUGGACCGCCGGAGCGAGAACGUUGCUUCGACGGCUGAGUCCGGUGUUCUUCACCUCAACGGGCUCUUCGAGCGUGUCCCUCUGGAGAUCGAGGCCGGUGACGUCGGCGCGGUCAAGCGACCCCGCCUGUCCUGGGCAUCCUGGGACUUCCUGCCGUCGUACGAGGCCGGGGCUACCAUGGUGAUGGCCAAGGACUCGUCAGCGCGCCGCGUGUGCCGCGUUGCGCUGAAAGCUGUGCGGCCGUCGCUGGAGGAGUGGAUGCCGGCUGGCACGAGCUGCCCUGGCGGUGUCGAGGGCGAGCCGCUGCCGACCUUCGUCCGCUGGGCGCCGCGCUCGCAGCCGCGCCUUAGGCCCGCCGGCGUCGGCGAGUGCUCAGCUGCGGAGCUGGCGCGCUGGGAGGAGGCGGGCUUCGCGCCCCCGCCUUAUCAGUUUCGUGACCAGUGGUGCAUUCACUGGCCUGACGGGCGAAUCGCGCCUCCUGAUGCGGGUGUGCGCGAGAAGCUGGUGGGCUUCGCCGAGGCUCACACGGUCCCCUGCAUGACGAGCAGCGAGGCGAAGGCCGACCCUGGGAAGUACGAGGCCCUGCGCCGCUCAUUGCUCGGGAACUCCUUCCAGUGCAAGGUCGUGGCCAGGGUGGUGAGCCACUGGGCCGUUGCUGUCGGGCUGCUGGUAGCGGUGCCGUCGCUCGCGGAGCUGCACGAGAGCGUGCGGGCCUGCGCUGGCGGCCGCAUGCUGUGGGCAGGCGACGGCACUUCCUUGCGCUGCGGGCGCGUGAAGGUCGACGAGGAGGUCUGCCGUGAGCUGCAGGUGGCUGGGGCCUCGCAGGAGCCCGCGAGCCCCCCGGGCGUCGUCUACGUCGGCCGCGGGUCGCGGCGCCGGUGCCUGGGCCCCUCGUGCCGGGGCAACCCCUUCGCCGUGGACACGAGUUGUCCUCGCGAGGACGCUGUGGCUCUGUUUGCUGGCUGGCUGCGCAGGCAGCCACUGCUGCUGGGGCGCCUGGAGGAGCUGCGCGGCGCCCAGCUGGCCUGCCGCUGCAGCCAGGCCGAGGCGUGCCAUGCCGACAUUCUUCUGGCAGAGCUGGCCAAGCGUGGCGUGACGUCCUGGCGUGAUGCAGACGUCUCGCGCAGGCUGGUGAUGAACUUU